UUGGAAGAGUCCACUUCUCAGUGACUCCUAGCUGGGAACUGGAUGCAUUAGAGGGUAGCUAGUCAAUAUGAUUCUUCUUGCUGUGCUUUUCCUCUGCUUCAUUUCCUCAUAUUCAGCUUCUGUUAAAGGUCACACAACUGGUCUCUCAUUAAAUAAUGACCGACUAUACAAACUCACGUACUCCACUGAAGUUUUUCUUGAUCGGGGCAAAGGAAACCUCCAAGACAGCGUGGGCUACCGAAUUUCAUCCAAUGUGGAUGUUAUCUUACUGUGGAGGAGUCCUGAUGGUGAUGACGACCAACUGAUCCAAAUUAUGAUAAAAGAUGUAAAUGUCGAAAAUGUGAAUCAACAGAGAGGAGAGAAGAGCAUUUUCAAGGGAAAAAAGCCAUCCCAAAUCAUAAGAAAGGAAAACUUGGAAGCUCUACAAAGACCUGUGCUCCUUCAUCUAGUCCAUGGAAAGGUCAAAGAGUUCUACUCCUAUCAAAAUGAACCCAUAGCCAUAGAAAAUCUCAAGAGAGGCCUGGCUAGUCUAUUUCAGAUGCAGUUAAGCUCUGGAACUACCAAUGAGGUAGAUAUCUCUGGAGAUUGUAAAGUGACCUACCAGGCUCAUCAAGAUAAGGUGAUCAAAAUCAAGGCCUUGGAUUCAUGCAAAUCAGAGAGUUCUGGAUUUACAACCCUAAAUCCGGUCUUGGGUGUCACUUCGAAAGGCACAUCUGUCACUACCUAUAAGAUAGAAGACAGCUUUGUUGUAGCUGUGCUCGCAGAAGAGAUACAUGCUUUGAGGCUGAAUUUUCUACAAACAAUUGCAGGCAAAAUAUUAUCAAAGCAGAAAUUAGAGCUGAAGACAACAGAAGCAGGCCCAAGACUGAUGGCUGGGAAGCAGGUUGCUGCCAUCAUUAAAGCAAUUGAUUCGAAAUACACGGCCAUUCCCAUUGUGGGCCAGGUCUUUGAGAGCGAGUGCAAAGGAUGCCCUUCUCUCUCGGAGCACUGGCAGUCCAUCAGAAAACACCUGCAGCCUGACAACCUCUCCAAGGCUGAGGCUGUCAGAAGCUUCCUGACCUUUAUUAAGCACCUCAGGACUGCAAAGAAAGAAGAGAUCCUCCAAAUUCUAAAGGCUGAAAACAAGGAAGUACUACCCCAGCUGGUGGAUGCUGUCACCUCUGCUCAGACCCCAGACUCAUUAGAUGCUAUUUUGGACUUUUUGGAUUUCAAAAGUGACAGUAGCAUUAUCCUCCAGGAGAGGUUUCUCUAUGCCUGUGGAUUUGCCUCCCAUCCUGAUGAAGAACUCCUGAGAGCCCUCGUUAGUAAGUUCAAAGGUUCCUUUGCGAGCAAUGACAUCAGAGAAUCCGUUAUGAUCAUCAUUGGGGCCCUUGUCAGGAAGCUGUGUCAGAAUGAAGGCUGCAAACUCAAAGGAGUGGUAGAAGCCAAGAAGUUAAUCUUGGGAGGACUUGAAAAAGCAGAAAAAAAGGAGGACAAAAUGAUGUACCUGCUGGCUCUGAAGAAUGCCCGGCUUCCGGAAGGCAUCCCACUCCUUCUGAAGUACGCGGAGACAGGAGAGGGGUCUAUCAGCCACCUCGCCACCACCACUCUCCAGAGAUAUGAUGCCCCUUUCAUAACUGAUGAGGUGAAGAAGACUAUGAACAGGAUAUACCACCAGAAUCAUAAAGUUCAUGAAAAGACUGUGCGCACUACUGCAGCUGCCAUCAUUUUAAAUAACAAUCCAUCCUACAUGGAAGUAAAAAACAUCCUCCUCUCUAUUGGGGAGCUUCCCAAAGAAAUGAAUAAAUACAUGCUCGCCAUUGUCCAAGACAUCCUACGUUUUGAAACGCCUGCAAGCAAAAUGGUCCGUCGAGUUCUGAAGGAAAUGUUUGCUCAUAAUUAUGACCGUUUCUCCAAGAGUGGAUCCUCUUCUGCCUAUACUGGCUACAUAGAACGUAGUCCCCAUUCGGCAUCUACUUACAGUCUUGACAUUCUUUACUCUGGUUCUGGCAUUCUAAGGAGAAGUAACCUGAACAUCUUUCAGUACGUUAGGAAAAAUCCUCUUCAUAGUAUUCAGGUGGUCAUUGAAGCCCAAGGACUGGAGACCUUAAUUGCAGCCACUCCCGAUGAAGGAGAGGAGAACCUUGACUCCUAUGCUGGCUUGUCAGCCCUCCUCUUUGAUGUUCAGCUCAGACCUGUCACUUUUUUCAACGGAUACAGUGAUUUGAUGGCCAAAAUGCUGUCAGCAACUAGCGACCCUAUGAGUGUGGUGAAAGGACUUAUUCUGCUAAUAGAUCAUUCCCAGGAGCUUCAGUUGCAAUCUGGACUGAAGGCAAAUAUGGAUGUGCAGGGUGGUCUGGCUAUUGAUAUUUCAGGUUCAAUGGAGUUUAGCCUGUGGUAUCGUGAGUCUAAGACCCGAGUGAAAAAUCGGGUAACUGUGGUAAUAACUUGUGACAUCACAGUGGACUCCUCUUUUGUGAAAACUGGCCUGGAAGUUGGUGUGGAAACAGAAGCAAGCUUGGAGUUUAUCUCCACGGUGCAGUUUUCUCAGUACCCCUUCUUAGUGUGCCUGCAGAUGGACAAGGAUGGAAUUCCGUACAGGCAAUUUGAGACAAAGUAUGAAAGGCUGUCCACAGGCAGAGGUUAUGUCUCUCGGAAGAGAAAAGAAAGCCUAGUAGCGGGAUCUGAAUUCCCGCUGCACCAAGAGAACUCUGAGAUGUGCAAGGUGGUGUUUCCUCCUCAACCAGAGAGUAGUUCCAGCAGUUGGUUUUGA